ACGCUGUGAUUCCUCUCCACGUGCACGUUCUAGAUUUCUCCUUAUACACGUUGGCAAUCUCCAACGCCUAAUAUUAACCAAUCACGGUACUCUCUUGCCUGUGUCACAGAUUAUUGCUUUACUAUAAAUCUCACUUUCCUCUGGAAAAUGAAUUAGUGAUAUAAGCGAAUAAGUGAUAAUUCCUUUUGUUUAUUUUGCAUCUCUGCUUAAGAUGACUACCGAAAAAGAAGCUGAAGUUGCUUCCACCGUUGAACAGCCACCGCCUGCGACAGAGGAGGCUAAGCCGGCGGAGACUAAACCUGUGAAGGAGAAGAAAACCAGAGCUCCAAGAGAGAAGAAGCCUAAACAGCCUAAAACUGCUUCUCAUCCUCCAUAUUUUCAGAUGAUCAAAGAAGCUCUGCUGGCUUUAAACGAAAAGAGUGGAUCGAGCCCAUACGCCAUAGCUAAAUACAUGGAAGAAAAGCACAAAGCAGUAUUACCAGCAAAUUUCAAGAAAAUCUUAGCUUUACAGUUAAAAAACUCGGCUGCUCGAGGAAAGCUGACAAAGAUCAGAGCUUCUUAUAAAUUAUCAGCAGGCAAGAAAGAGAAAGACACAACCACCAAAGAAGUUUCAAAGAGUACUAAAACUACUAACAAAGAAAACAACAAACCCAAAACAGCUACGACAAGAAAGACAAGGUCUGUUAACAAAACUGUCGAAGCUGCAAAGAAGCCUGCAAAGAGAGCUGUUGGAGCUAAGAAGACAAAGAAAUCAACUCCUGCUAAACCUAAACAGCCCAAGUCAAUUAAAUCUCCUACUGCUAAAAGAACCAAGAAGGCUGCUGUUGCUACUGCUUCUUCUUGAGCGUAGAAAAUGGAUAAAGGAUGGUAAUUGUAUUAGGAUUAGCGAUAAUAAUAUUAUGUUGAUGUAAAUAAGAGAGAGUGUGUGUCUGUUUGUUUAUGUUUAUGUAUGCCCUGUUUUGCACAUAAUGGGUAUUGUUUUGUUUUGUGAUCUCUGAAAAAUUAGGGCUGAUGGAACUCUGUUUUGUGCUGUGAUGUUAGCUCCUGCUUUUUUAUAUAAUAUAAAUCUGAAUUUUUAGAGCUGAAUUAAAUAAUUAA